GUGAUGAUGCCUUACAACAAGUCACCCGUGACUAAUAUCAAAGGGUGGGUGGGAGAAGCGGAGGGGAGGCGGCGGGGUGGAGGACGGGCGGAGGUGGAAGUCUCUUUCCUCGAGGUCUUUUAGGUGUAGUUCCAAGGUUGCUUCUAGUGUAGAGGUGAUCAGCAUCCCCCGCGCUCCACUAAACUUCUCCGCUGAGGCCCGUGCGGCGUGCAUCAAAACGAUCCAGGCCCCGUGACACGUGGGCAUCCAUAAACCCACAUGGCUGUCACUUAGAUCGGUCUUCGUCCAUCAAACAAUCAACAAUGGCCUCCACAUCCGAAGAAGACAGAGCGGUGCAACUUGCCGAGAAGGCAAGCGAGAGCACCAAGUCAGGCGAUUUAACCGUUGCAGCUCGGUACCUGCGUGAAGCUAGUACAAUCGCACCCGAGCAUCCGCGGAUCAAAGAAGCAUGGAUUGCGCUGAAAGAAGAGGAAAACAAGAGCGAACUCCUAGGCCACUGUCGAGCUUGGGUACGCAGCAAAGACGAACACGAUGGCGAAAAGGCACUCAAAGCAAUACGAUCGCACGGUCUGAAGCAGAACGAAGCAGAACAAGCAAUGGCCAUCCUCUUCGACUUCAAAGGCGAAGACGACAUCCUCGACCAGGUCUCAGGCGAACUACUCCAGAACCCUGGAGCACAGAUGUGGCUCGCCAAAGCCGUCCGCGAGCAGCCGACACGAAUUUACUACGAGAUGUUUGAGCGCGGCGACGACUCCAUCGACGGUCUACUCAAGGUCCUGCUCAACCGAGCGCUCUGGCCCGACGACGAAUCUUUCAAGACGGGGCAUAGAGACAUCUUCAUGCUCAGUUUGGCGAUGAUGAUGGAGGAAGCGCUUGAGCACCCAGAAAGGGCGAUGAAGGGUAUUGCGCAGCUACUUGCUCAUUACGCGGAGCAUCUUAAAGGUAUCAUCGAUGCGGAUAGUUUCGACGUUAUCCUCACGUCGCUUGAUAUCAGACUGCCUGCUAGUCUGCGUAGUCAGGCCACUCUGGCGAGUAUCAAGCUGUUUGAGCUUGCGCCGGAGACUGCUAGCGAGUUGAUCUCGAAGUUUGUUACGCACCGGACGAAGAAGGGGGAAGCGAAUGAUCUGGUCAUCGCUUUUUCGGCGGCUGCGGCUAUAUUUCCGGUAGCUGUCAGUGCUGCUGCUGCGCUCUUCCUCACAGAUGGCUUUGUCAGCACGUUGGUGUCAAGAGUUCAGAGCAAGAAGUCGCACAAUCUUGAACAGGCGACUUUAGAGCUGAUCAGCGCUGCAUGUGUCGACAAGAACUGUCGAGAGGCGAUCAGCAAGAACUGCAGAGAAUGGUUGGAAGACGUUGUUGCAGAAAGCCAGAACAAGAAGCGUGCCAACUUGGCCGCGCUCGUACUCGUCAAGCUAGGCGAAGAGCAGCCGUCUGAAGAUGCACCAAGAAUCGUGAGGGCGGAAAAGGUAGAUCAAAGCGACCUGAUCGCCAGCUUCAAGUCCAUGGUCAUAGGUGGCGACACAUCCUCAAAGCAAGACUCAGUCGAAGGACUCGCCUACGCCUCGCUCCAACCCAAAGUACGAGAAGACCUCUCCAAGUCGCCCAAGUUUCUCAAACGCCUCAUUGAAACCAUGAGCGACCCUUCAUCACCCAAGAACAUCGUAUUCGGCGGCCUGACAAUCUUCGUCAACAUCACACAAUACCUGCCCCUACAAUCAGAAGAAGAAAAACGCAUGGCCCAACUCAAAGCCUACGCCAAUGUGCAAAAGCCAUCGACCCCCCACGUCCUCCUCAACGACGAAGACGUCGCCAUACGCUGCAAACGCGUGCUAGACGCGGGCGUCGUCCCUCUCCUGGUACAAGUCUGCAAGAAAGGCUCUCCAUCCAUCCUCACCCAAAGCAGUCUGAUCCUGCUCUCCCUCUCCAAAGACACAAAGUCUCGCGGCACAAUGGCGCAACAAGGCGCGGUGAAACUCCUCAUCCAAAUCCACGACCACAUAUCUAGUACAAAUGACCUCUCAACAACCGGCACCACGCCCUUCCCGCCCGCCGCCCUCCCCACAACAGCCCAAGCCCUCUCCCGGCUCUUGAUUAGCAUAAACCCCUCCCACGCUUUCAACGCCGCACUACCCAGCGCAUCAGCUAUCCGACCCCUCCUCAGCCAACUCACACGCACAGAGUCUUCGACAUGGCAACUCCACGCCUUUGAAGCGCUCCUCGCACUCACGAACCUCGCUUCUCUGGACCGGAAUACGCAAGACCAUAUCAUCCGCCAGUCUUUCGACACAGUUGUUGAUGAUUUGUUGCUUAGUUCAAACACGAUGAUCCGCCGUGCGGCGACGGAACUCCUAUGUAACCUCAUGGCCUCACCAGUCUGCAUUAGUAACUUCGCAGACGGCUCACCGCGGGCGAAACACCGACUCCAUCUCCUACUUGCUAUGACGGAUGUCGACGACUCUGCAACACGAUCGGCGGCUGGGGGUGCGCUGGCGAUGUUGCUGAGUGUGGAUCUUGCGGUGCUGGAGUUUCUCAAGCAGGAUAAGAGUGUGGAGUGGUUGGUGGGGUUGUGCAAGGAUGAGGAUGAAGGGAUUAGGUAUCGGGGGAUUGUUUGCUUGAGGAGUGUGGUGGAUGUUAAGGAGGGGGUGGAGGUGUGUAAAAAGAGGGGGGUGGUGGAGGAAUUGAAGGGGGUGCUGCAGGGGAGUCGGAGUCAGGAGGUGCUGGGGGUGGGGGUGGAGACUAUGAAGAUACUUUUGGGGCAGUAAAAGGAAGUCGACAGAUAUGAUUGUGUGGUGAAGGAAAAGGAAGUCUGUAUAUCAUCUCUUAGUAAAGAAGAUCCAUGUGUUUUCUGAGUUCUACCUAUCUACGACAACAUAUUCUUUAGCCUAUCAUUUCCACGGUCCCGUUCCUCAAUCACACAAACCAAGACUAGCACCUCAUACAAAGGAAAUACUAAAAAGGUCUGCAGAUUACAUCGAGAUCAACACGUGCAAAGUAAGCGAGCCAACGUUAAUGUAGACUCUAGGGUGCCCAGUUCUUCCCUAGGUCAACGUGCUAGAUAUCCAAGAGCCUAACAUGUCUAGUAUUCAUCUCUUCAACACACUCCCCGGUAUCCGCAGACACCCUCCCCUCCUUCGACUUCCCAAACUGCUCAUACUCUCCCUCACUCCUCCACGGAAAAAUCGUCACAAACACGUCAUCCUCUCCCUCCUUCU